UUUUUUUUAAACUUUAACAUGAAUCCAAAAUCAUAACUUUUUUAGUUGCAAAAUUCCAAAUUUGUUACAGUCAAUAAAAUUUUCAACUACCACCACCGAUGCUAAUCAGAGAUUCGUCGUCUUCAUAAACUUCUCAUCUCUCUACUCUUCUCAUCCAAAAAUGGUCAAACAGAGCGAGGAGACAGGCCAGUUGUGUCCUUUAAUCGAAACCCAUAAUCAUGAUUUCCACGGCGGCUCCAGCGGCGGCCGGGCUACUGGCUCCGCCACUUUCUCCCUCAUUUUCAGCACUUUGGUUGCUGUAUCUGGCUCAUACGUCUUUGGCACUGCUAUUGGAUAUUCAUCACCUUCUGAGGCUGGCAUCAUGACCGACCUGGAUCUUACUGUAUCGGAGUAUUCAUUCUUUGGUUCAAUAUUGACGAUUGGAGCUAUGAUUGGUGCUAUUGUAAGUGGAAAACUGGCAGAUUAUAUUGGUAGAAGAGGCACCAUGGGCUUUGCAGAGAUCUUUUGCCUCUUGGGGUGGUUUCUUAUAGCAUUCUCUAAGGCUGUUUGGUGGUUGGAUAUAGGACGGAUACUAGUAGGAUUCGGAAUGGGAGUUAUCUCUUACGUGGUUCCUGUGUUUAUAGCAGAAAUAACACCCAAGGAACUUCGAGGAGCAUUUACAACAGUUCAUCAGUUGAUGAUAUGUUUUGGUGUUUCACUGACAUGGCUGAUUGGAGCUUUUGUGAACUGGAGGACUCUUGCUCUAAUUGGAGCGAUUCCAUCUGUAAUACAACUCGUAGGUCUUCCUUUCACUCCAGAGUCUCCUAGAUGGCUGACAAAGAACGGCCAAGGGUUAGAUUGUGAAGAUGCUCUUCAACGGCUAAGAGGGAAGACUAAAGAUAUUUCUACAGAAGUGUUAGAGAUUCAAGAAUACACAGAAUUGCUUAAACAGCUCCCUGAACCAAGUGUUCUUGAUUUAUUCCAAAGGCAAUAUGCACGUUCUCUCUUUGUAGGACUUGGUCUUAUGGUACUGCAACAAUUUGGAGGUGUUAAUGGCAUUGCAUUCUACGUAACUUCUUUAUUCACGUCGGCUGGGUUUUCAGGGAAUAUUGGAACUAUAGCAUUGGCUUCUGUUCAGAUACCAAUGACUGCUCUUGGUGUGGUUUUGAUGGAUGUAUCAGGACGACGGCCACUUUUGAUGAUUUCUGCAGCCGGAACUUGCUUGGGUUCUUUAUGUUUGGCGUUAUCGUUCCUCUUUAAGGAUCUCCAACUAUGGCAAUCUGGCUCUCCCAUGAUGGCACUUGCUGGUGUACUGGUAUAUUCGGGAUCUUUCUCCCUGGGCAUGGGAGCAAUUCCUUGGGUCAUAAUGUCAGAGAUAUUUCCUAUAAACAUGAAGGGAUUGGCUGGCAGCUUGGUUACUUUAGUGAGUUGGCUAGGUUCUUGGAUUGUCUCCUACAGUUUCAACUUUCUUUUAAAUUGGAGCUCAGCAGGUAUCUUUUUCAUAUUCUCAAGCAUUUGUGGCUUCACAGUUUUUUUUGUUGCAAAAUUUGUACCUGAGACUAAGGGUAGAACUUUGGAAGAAAUUCAAGCUGCAAUGAACCCUCUAUCUACCAAAAGUUGAAAUUUUAAUUUGUUGGUUCACUAAAGUAAUUCAUUUGAGCUCAUUACUUGUGUUGUACUUUUUAGCUUGAAUUUGGGAAAAUGAUGUCAAUAAUACAAACUUUGAUUCACAUAGUGGAUGUUACUUUUCAGUGAUAGUUUCUGGUGUUGUACUGACAUGAAAAUGUAAUAUGAUUCAAAGUCUAGUUUUAUGGUUUAUGAACAUUCUGCAACUUAAAUCCAAA